AUGGCCCGGUAUGGGGCCACGCCAACGCUGGCGAGUGCCACGCCGGGUAGCAGCACAGACGUGCAGGAAUUGGAGUUGGAGACAGAUGCCGUGGUUGCCGUGACGGUCCAGGCAGUCGAGACGCCAGGUUCUGAGAAGCCUUUCCAUUUCUUGCCGUCGGUAGCGACCUGGCUCUCCGCGGCUGGUGCACCCCAAACAGGACUGCUGCCAUCUACACGGAGGGCGACCUCCAACACAGACAUGGCUCCUGCAUCGUUUGCCGUGGAUUUUUUCGUAGACCACGCGGUCGUGGAACCCAAAGCAGAGGCGCAAGAAAUCAUCGACCAGGUUGCCGUGACGCCAUUCCGGCAGUUGCCAUCCGUUGGCACCUGGCUCUCUGCGUUCACCCCGCGGAACAUCAGCGAAGAGCAACUUGGACGGCAGGGCGACCAGAUUGUUUCGCUGCUUCGCCCCGUGGUGCAGCGGAGGCCACUAUCUUCUUCACGGAGGGCAGCCUCGAGGACAGAUGCGAUUCAGGAGAGUUCUGAGUGUGGGAGCUUCUGGGUGACGCUGCAGCGGGCGCUCCGUGAGAUGUGCUGUGUCGGUGGAGGAAGCGGUGCAGGCCGGCUGGGCCACCUUGGUUCAGACGGUGAAAGUCCGGGAGACCAAAAGCAGGGACUCGAAGGUGGUCGGUCUCUUGCAGCGGCGACCAUGUGGGCCGUUGCCAACGUGAUGGCCCGGUAUGGGGCCACGCCAACGCUGGCGAGUGCCACGCCGGGUAGCAGCACAGACGUGGAGGAAUUGGAGUUGGAGACAGAUGCCGCGGUUGCCGUGACGGUCCAGGCAGUCGAGACGCCAGGUUCUGAGAAGCCUUUCCAUUUCUUGCCGUCGGUAGCGACCUGGCUCUCCGCGGCUGGUGCACCCCAAACAGGACUGCUGCCAUCUACACGGAGGGCGACCUCCAACACAGACAUGGCUCCUGCAUCGUUUGCCGUGGAUUUUUUCGUAGACCACGCGGUCGUGGAACCCAAAGCAGAGGCGCAAGAAAUCAUCGACCAGGUUGCCGUGACGCCAUUCCGGCAGUUGCCAUCCGUUGGCACCUGGCUCUCUGCGUUCACCCCACUGCACAUCAGCGAAGAUCGACUUGGACGGCAGGGCGACCAGAUUGUUUCGCAGCCUGAGAACGAGAUGCUUCGCCCCGUGGUGCAGCGGAGGCCACUAUCUUCUUCACGGAGGGCAGCCUCUAGGACAGAUGCGAUUCACGAGAGUUCUGAGUGUGGGAGCUUCUGGGUGACGCUGCAGCGGGCGCUCCGUGAGAUGUGCUGUGUCGGCCUCUGGCCGGCUUCAAAAUCGGCAAUGAGCACCCUCUUGCCGGAUUCUUUUCAUGUGGGAUCUGUCGGUGCGCAGGCAGAUUCAACGAGGCCCACACUACCAGCUCAUUCCUUUGGAACUUGCGAUCGUGAAAGCGCUCGAAUGAAAGUCUUCAUGUCUAGAAAACUGGAGAAGUCCAAGGCCAAGCUCAAUUCCCCGGGUCCAGUCUACGACAUCCCCUCGGCAGUGGGAGCAGCCCCGAGCUUCUCCUUCGGAACCGACGUGCAGCGGAAGCACGAUCCCAAGAAGUAUCCAGACUCGACCGUGGACCUGACAUGUGCCACGGUCGACACGCAGAAAGUGAAGUACGCGAAGACUCCGGGCUGCCACUUCGGCACUGAGCAGAAGCUCAGCCUCAAGAAUGCGGAGAUCAUCCGCACUCAUGCAGGGUUGGCUCUGGGCGCAGAGUCCCCAAGUGCCCUGGAGUAUCACGUCAAGGAGGUGGCAAAGCGCGUGCCUGCCUACUCCUUUGGGCCCACAGAGUCCAUGACGCCACGGAAGCCGGAACCCAGGGUGCAGCUCUUGCAGUCGAGCACACCGGCGCGGGUUGGCCCCGGCUCCCACCCAAAGCCGUCCAGCCUUGGCCAGCAGCCGAUGUCUCCGCGCCCCACCGCGCCGGCCUGGACGAUGCCCGGCCGCAGUCCCCGGGAGAAGACGCAGACGGAGGCUCUUGCGAUCGAGGACAAAGUCUUCAGCUCCAUCGGCAAGCAGGUGCUGUCCACAAUCCGAUCUCCCCGCUCCGUGGCCACGACGAAGUCCACCCGCGACCAAGUCAACAGGAGCUGCACACUAGCAGAACAUAACUUGCUAUGGUCCGCGAGACAAAGUCUCGCGACUCCAAGGUGCUAUACGUUUCUUGGAGGAGGGUCGUCUGGUCCGCAUCUCCAAGGUUUGUUCGAAGUCCGCCCAGCGAAGAGCCACUUGUGGGCUGGGUACACUCUCCAGAGGCGGUGCCGUACCUCGGCAAGAGCCAUCACAGAAGCAGCAGGAGAGCUCUCCUGCUGUUUCUGUGCUGGGUCUUGCCGAAGUACGGCACCGCCUUUGCAUAGUGUGACGCAGCCCACAAGACAGCUGGGCGGACUUCGAACACACCUUGGAGACUUUGACGAGGCACCUGGCUCUUUGCCUUCACCCCGCUGCACAUCAACGAAGAUCGACUUGGACGGCAGGGCGACCAGAUUGUUUCGCUGCUUCGCCCCGUGGUGCAGCGGAGGCCACUAUCUUCUUCACUGA